AUGUCUAACCACGGAGACACCCCUCCGCUCUCCCAGCUAGAAGUCAGAUCAAAGUGCAGCUCGACUUCAUCACGCUGGUCAUCAGUCAGCCUUGCUGCAGCAAAAGCACGAGCCAACGCUGAAGCCGCCAGCACCAGAGCAGAGUACGCCAAGCGCCAAAUAGACAUGGAGGUCGAACGGGCACACAUCGAAAUGGAAAAAACUCGGCUGGUAGCUACUAUGAACGCCCUGAAGCAAGAGGGAGAGGCUAAAGCAGCGCUCGCAGCAGCAAGGGUCCUUGAGGCUGCAGUUUUGGACCAAACAGAGCUGGAAGAGCCGCCAGAUAUUCCCACUACAACAGCCAUGGCUGCCGGCCGCACUCAAGAAUAUGUAAACACUCAAUUUCACAAUGAUGCUAAUGUGGAAGAUGAGACAAAGCCUGAUAUAGAACAAAAGUGGGACAUAAACAACACCAACAAUGUCGAGCCAAGCCGACCAACAGCUAUGACACAUGCAUGUGAGUACACCCCCAGCUAUCGACCUAUCAGACAACCCGAGCCACCGCCAUUUCAUUCCCCCAACUACACUGAAGCAUAUAACGUCCCAUCUCCAUCUUUGCGCCAACAAACUAAUGUAUCAGACCUCGCUGUGCUCCUCUCACGUCGUGAUCUACUGACAGCAGGACUCACAGUCUUUGAUAACAAGCCAGAGACCUAUGUAGCAUGGAAAUCUAUGUUUCACAACGCCACUGGGGAUUUGAACUUGAAAUGCUGCGAAGAGCUUGAUCUACUGACUAAAUGGCUGAGCGGUGAGUCCCUCCAGCAUGCUCUGAGGAUUAGAGCCGUUCACGUUAGCAACCCAGAAGCAGGUCUUGAACGUUUAUGGCAAAGGCUCGACAGAAAUUAUGGCUCACCAGAAGCGAUCGAGGCUUCACUGUUUAAUCGCCUUGAAAGUUUUCCCAAAGUUGGCCAUAAAGAAAGUCACCUCCUGCAGGAGCUUGCAGACCUUCUCCAAGAGCUCGAGGCGGCGAAAGAUGAAGGGUAUCUGCCAGGCCUCAGCUUUCUCGACACCUCAAGAGGAAUAAACCCAAUUGUGGAAAAGCUCCCUGGCGGCCUGCAGGAGGCGUGGGUCAGAGAAGGGUCAAGAUAUAAAAAAGAUCACAAAGCUCACUACCCACCUUUCUCCUAUUUUGUCCAGUUUGUCAACAACCACGCAGAAAUGAGAACAGACCCCAGCUUCAUCCUGCAAAGCUGCGGCUCUACACACAUGAAAGCAGAAAGGACACUAGUGAGACAGACACGCUUCAAAGUCCCAGUCACAACAAACAAAACACAGGUCGGUGCGGCUAACAAUGAACCAAAAGCUGCCCCUCUUGACCCCAAUAAACAGUGUCCAGUGCACAAGAAACCACAUUCUCUCACCAAAUGUAGAGGAUUCAGAAUGAAGGCAUUGGAUGAGAGGAGAAGUUUGCUUAAGGAGCUGUCAAUCUGCUACAAGUGUCUCUCAUCAACAGAGCACAGAGCUAAAGACUGUAGAGCUACCAUUCACUGUGUGGAGUGCAACAGUGAUUCACACACCUCUGCCAUGCAUGCUGGGCCACCCCCAUGGACAGAUACAGGCCCUGGCAUCCCACCAUUGGCCCAUGGCGGGGAGCCGGAUACCCAAAGCCCCACCGUGACCACAUCUAGCUGCACUGAGGUAUGUGGACAGGGACUACAGGGAAAGUCCUGUUCUAAAAUUUGCCUGGUGAAUGUGUACCCCUGCUCAGCCCCCAAUGAAAAAAGAAAAACGUACGCGAUCUUAGAUGAUCAGAGUAAUGUGUCAUUAGCUCGGUCCCGCUUUUUUGACAUGUUCAACCUGCAUGGUGAGGCCCUCCCUUACACAAUGAAAACGUGCUCAGGAACAGAAAACACACAAGGGCGAAGAGCUCAUGGCUUUGUCAUCGAGGGCAUAAAUGGAAAAGUGUCAAUAACACUACCCAUACUCACUGAGUGUAACCAGAUCCCAGACAACAGAAGUGAGAUACCCACUCCUGAAGCUGCUGCAGCACAUCCUCACCUCUCUCAAGUAGCCACACAAAUACCGCCACUUGAUCCAUCAGCUGACAUUCUUCUCCUGCUGGGCAGAGAUGUGAUUCAGGCUCACAAGGUCCGCCGCCAGAUAAACGGCCCAAACGAAGCUCCUUACGCCCAACAGCUUGAUCUCGGGUGGGUAAUCAUUGGAGAUGUCUGCCUCUCAGGAGCUCACAGACCCACGGUGAACUCCUACAAGACAAACUUACUUGAUAACGGCCGCCCCAGUUUCCUCUCUCCCUGUGAAAACAGAAUCUACACAAAGGUAAAGUUCACAGAAGAAAAUCCCCUGUUUGAGAACAUGCAACCCAAAGAUGAGCUGAGCAAACACAUCUUUAAGCAAACAGCAGAUGAUGACAAACUGGCACUCUCUACAGAAGAUGAGUCGUUCCUGAAUGUUAUGCACCAUGGGUUUGUUAAAGAUGAGGCUAAUAACUGGGUCGCUCCCCUCCCGUUCCGUCAUCCCCGACUCCGCUUGCCUAACAAUAGAGAGCAGGCACUCACCCGCCUCAUGUCUCUACGCAAGACACUAAAGAGAAAGCCGGAAAUGAAAGGGCAUUUCGUGGAGUUUAUGAAGAAGACAUUCAACAAAGGACACGCAGAAAAGGCCCCUCUUCUUAAACCCCACCAAGAAUGUUGGUAUCUCCCAAGCUUUGGCAUUUACCACCCACAAAAGCCAGGUAAAAUCAGAAUCGUUUUCGAUUCAAGUGCCCAGUGUGAGAAUGUAUCGCUUAAUCAAGUGCUGCUCAAAGGCCCAGAUCUUAACAACGGCCUUGUAGGUGUGCUUCUCCGUUUCAGAGGUGAACCAUAUGCUGUGAUGGCUGAUGUGGAGCAGAUGUUUCACAACUUUAUGGUCAGGGAAGACCAUCGUGAUUACCUGCGCUUUCUCUGGUUCCGCGACCACGACCUGGAUGGAGAAGUGGACGAGUUUCGGAUGACAGUUCACGUGUUUGGAAACUGUCCAUCUCCCUCAGUCGCCAUCUAUGGACUCAAGAGAACUGCUGUGGAGGGAGAGAGUGAGUACGGCAGCGAGGUGAGGAAAUUCAUUGAGCACCAUUUUUAUGUAGAUGACGGGCUAAAGUCAUUCGCCUCUGAGGACGAGGCAAUCGACAUCCUCACCAGAGCACAGAAAAUGCUAGCUCAAUCGAACAUCCGUCUCCACAAGAUUUCAUCUAACAGUCCUGUUGUCACCAGCGCAUUCCCAGGAGAAGAUCUCGCUACAGGUCUGCAGGGUCUUGAGCUCGGACAGGAUGCACCACCCAUGCAAUACAGCCUCGGACUGGGCUGGAACUUGUCCACUGACCAGUUGUCGUUUCGAGUGGAGAUCACUGACAAGCCCUUCACCAAGCGUGGUGUGUUAUCAGUCAUCAACAGUUUGUAUGACCCGCUUGGGUUCGCUGCGCCAGUGAGCAUUGAAGGACGCUCCAUCCUGAGAGAGAUCUCCAAAAACAUCAGUGAAUGGGAUACUCCUCUACCUAAGGAGCAACAGGACAAGUGGCAGAGAUGGAAAGACGCUCUACAGCACUUGGAACAGCUCAAGAUCUCACCAGUCGGAGCUGUCGCCUACUUGAAACUCACCACUGCUGAUGGACACAGUGACGGGGGCUUUCUCCUCGGCAAAGCCAGGCUAGCUCCAAAACCAGACAUCACCAUUCCCAGAUUAGAGCUGUGUGCCGCAGUGCUGGCUGUCGAAGUAGCAGACAUGGUCCAAGAAGAGCUCGACUUUACGUUUGAUGAAGUCAGCUUCUACACAGAUUCUAAAGUAGUACUCGGCUACAUUUUCAAUGACAAGAGACGCUUUUAUGUGUAUGUACAUAACCGCGUUGAACGCAUCAGGCGCUCCACUCAGGCUCACCAAUGGCGUUAUGUGCCCACACAUUUAAACCCAGCUGACCAUGCCACACGUGGACUGCCUGCUGAACAUCUUUCCCACUCUACAUGGCUCAGUGGCCCUCCCUUCCUCACUGACUCAGGCCUAGGUCAAACACAGGAAAUGCCCUUUGACCUCAUUAACCCCGAACAUGACACUGAGCUGCGUCCAGAGGUUGUAUCCUGUGCUACCUCCCUCUCUAAAAGCACUCUCUGGGCAGCAAGGUUCGAAAGAUUCUCCAGCUGGACCCGCCUGUUAAAGACUAUCGCCAGGCUACGCCACAUCGUCACAUGUUUUAAGGCUGCAUCUGAGAGCAGAUGCCAUGGAUGGCACAAGUGUGACAAGAACAUUACUGAAGACCAGCUCCAGCAGGCUAAAGCCAUCAUCAUUCGUGCAGUGCAAAGUGAGGUGUACGCAGAUGACAUCAGGCACGUGGAACGUGGUGAGUCUGUCUCCAAGAAAAGCCCACUUAGCAAACUGAACCCAGUAAUGGACAGUAACAUGGUCUUACGAGUUGGAGGUCGGCUGACUAAGGCUCAACUCACAGCAGACGAAACACACCCUAUACUCCUCCCCAGUAAACACCACGUCACUCAGCUCAUAAUCAGACAAUUUCAUUCACAAGUACGCCACCAGGGCAGACACUUCUCCGAAGGUGCUAUCAGAGCUGCUGGUUUCUGGAUAGUGGGCGGGAAAAGAGCAGUCAGCAGUGUUGUUUUUAACUGUGUUACAUGUCGCAGAUUGAGAGGCAAACAACAAGAACAGAUCAUGUCAGACCUACCAGAAGACAGAAUGUGCACAGACCCUCCUUUUACAGGUGUUGGCCUAGAUGUUUUUGGCCCUUGGCCCGUCACAGUCAGGAAAACACGUGCAGGUCAGGCAGAAGCAAAGAGAUGGGCGGUAAUCUUCACCUGCAUGAGUACUCGUGCCAUCCACAUUGAAGUGAUAGAGUCAAUGGACACUUCGUCAUUCAUUAAUGCGCUGCGACGCUUCUUCGCCAUCAGAGGCGCUGCCAAGCUGCUCAGAUCAGACUGUGGCACAAACUUUGUGAGUGCUUGCAGAGAACUUCACAUUGACAAAAAGGGCUGUCACAAUGACAAAAUCAACACCUAUCUUGGAAACAGUGGUUGUGAGUGGCAUUUUAAUCCCCCACACGCUUCCCACAUGGCUGGAUCAUGGGAGCGCAUGAUCGGCGUCAGUCGACGGAUUCUGGACGCAAUGCUGCUGCAGCACGGAAAGGCCAAGCUCACACAUGAAGUACUGGUGACGUUCAUGUCGGAAGUGACUGCUAUUGUUAAUGCAAGGCCGCUUACAGCAGUUUCCACUGACCCAGAGCAUCCUGAGAUUCUCACUCCUGCCAUGCUUCUCACGCAAAAGGCAGCCACCCCCUCAGUCAUCCCAGGUCACUUUGAUGACCGUGACCUGUUCAGAGCACAAUGGAGACGUGUACAGUAUCUGGCCAAUCUCUUCUGGGGACGAUGGAAGAGAGAAUUCCUCAGUGACCUGCAACCUCGUCGCAAAUGGAGAACACCUAAACCCAACCUACAAGAAGGAGAUGUCAUCCUGCUAAAAGAUGGGCAAGAGCACAGGAACGACUGGCCCCUUGGUGUUGUUGCAAAGACCUUUCCCAGUCAGGAUGAAAGGGUCAGGAAGAUCCAAGUCAAGAUAACCCGCAACGGUGAACAGAGACUGUACUUGAGACCUAUCAGUGAGGUCAUCCUGCUGGUUCCGAGGAACCACACAUAAAGGACCCCUCAUAUCCUUUGAAAAACAGUGGGUGUGGGUUAGUAUGACAUCCUGUUGAUGUCAGACGGGGAGUAUUCUGUCCCUCAGUCUUGUGUUAUUAUUUUACUCCUUUUCUGGAGGUUUAUUUUCUUACAGAGCUAAGCUUCUUCAGUCUACAGCUUAUCUGGUUAAUGUUCCUGUAAGAGAAUCUAGUGAUUGUGAGUUUGUGGUUGAUCUUAC